AUGACGGGGAAAAUGACCCUAUAUAAGUUGGUGGUGCUAGGAGAUGGCGGUGUUGGGAAAACGGCAUUGACCAUUCAGUUAUGUCUUAACCAUUUCGUCGAAACCUAUGAUCCGACCAUUGAAGACUCUUAUCGGAAGCAAGUCAUGAUAGAUCAACAGGCUUGCAUGCUUGAAGUUCUCGAUACUGCAGGACAAGAAGAAUAUACUGCUCUGCGUGACCAAUGGAUCCGGGACGGUGAAGGAUUCAUCCUCGUCUACAGUAUCACUUCGAGAAAUUCUUUCAGCAGAAUCCAGAAGUUCUAUUCCCAGGUACAGCGAGUCAAAGAGUCGGGCCAUCCGAAUUCUCCCACCGGCGCGAACUAUCUCCAGUCUCCAAUGCCUGGACAAUCCACCUACAAUGGCCCUCCCAUCAUUAUGUUGGUCGGCAAUAAGAGCGACCAGCAUCAUGAACGCGAGGUUCCUUUUCAGGAAGGCCAAGCACUGGCCAAAGACCUGGGCUGCGAGUUCGUAGAAGCAUCGGCUAAAAAUUGCAUCAAUGUCGAAAAGGCCUUCUACGAUGUCGUGAGACAGUUGAGGAGACAGCGGCAAUCACCUAUGAAGCCAAUUGACCGGAAAGGCACAAACUAUCUGUCACAACCUAGUCCACGGAACAACUUUGACUCCGAUCACCAACGGAUAUACCGCGAUCACAACAAAAAGCGAGGGACUAAAUGUGUUAUUCUAUGA